AAAAAAAAAAAAUUGAGUAAAUUCGAGGAAGGGUCCGUCUCCUUUCUUCUUUCUGUUUUGGUGGGCGUUGAUUCAAGAGUUCUUCCGAUUUCGCCGUAGCCCGUCACUGUUGAAAUCAGCGAGAAACCCUUUUCAGUUUCUUCAAUUUCCUCCACUGGGUCUGCGUUUGAUUCGCCAAUAACCUUCUCUCUCUUUCCCCGUUCAUAUUCUUUUGGGAGGAAAUCCGAUCCGUAUUUUUAUUUUUCGGUUAAUCGAUCUAGAUUGUUCAAAUUCGUAUUAAUUUAGAACCUGGAAAUGUACAACGCUAUGAUGGACCCUGAAUUGAUUAGGAUGGCUCAAGAACAAAUGAGUAGAAUCUCGCCUAGUGAAUUGGCGAAGAUCCAACAGCAGAUGAUGUCCAAUCCUGAGUUGAUUAAAAUGGCCACUGAAAGCAUGAAAAAUAUGAAGCCUGAGGACUUGAAAAAUGCUGCAGAACAGCUAAAGUAUGCUCGUACAGAGGAUAUGCUUGAGAUUGGUUCUAAGAUGGCUAAUGCCACACCUGAGGAGAUUGCGGCCAUUCGAGCCCGUGCAGAUGCUCAAAUCACAUAUGAACUGAAUGCAGCUCAGGUGCUGAAGAAACAGGGGAAUGAACUCCACAGUCAGAGCCGGUUCCUGGAUGCUGCACAAAAGUAUUUGCUUGCAAAGAAAAACCUGAAGGACAUACCAGUCUCCAAAGGCAGAACACUCCAGUUAGCAUGUUCUCUUAAUUUGAUGUCUUGUUACCUCAAGACAGGGCAAUAUGAUGAGUGCAUAAAAGAAGGCUCUGAGGUAUUGGCAUAUGAUGCUGAGAAUGUCAAAGCUCUUUAUCGAAGAGGUCAAGCAUAUAAAGAACUGGGAUUAUUAGAAGAUGCUGUCAAUGACUUGAGUAAGGCACACAGAGUUUCGCCUGAUGAUGAAACUAUUUCGAAUGUUCUAAGGGAUGCAAAUGAAAGAUUGAAAAAAGAAGGUAAAGAGCAACACUUGUCAAAAGGAGUAGUAAUUGAGGAAAUAACUGAAGAAGAAGUCCAAACUGUGCUACCUGAAAGACUUAAAAGUUCAUCCACAGAAUAUUCUGUGGCACAACCUCAGGAGAUGGGAGAAUGCUCUGAGACUCAUAGCUCAUCCAACUUUGGCAGUGCAACUACUGAAGCUGAGUGUUUACGGGGUUUGAAAGACGACCCAGAAGCUAUCAGGUCAUUCCAAAAUUUCAUUUCUAAUGCUGACCCUGAAACUCUUGCUUCUCUGAGUUCUGGAAAUUCUGGAGGAAUGUCCCCUGAAAUGAUUAAGACUGCCUCCAGUAUGAUCAGCAAGAUGCCAUCUGAAGAACUUCAGGGAAUGCUCCAAAUGGCUUCCUCUUUUCAAGGGUCAAGCCCGUAUUUUCCUCAAGGGGAGAAUUCAAGUUCUGGAUCACUCCCACCAGGUGUAUCGCCUGACAUGCUUAAGGUUGCAACUGAUAUGAUGAGUAAAAUGUCACCAGACGAGCUCCAGAAAAUGUUUCAACUUGCCUCUUCUUUGAAAGAGAAAGACUCAGUUACAACAGCAACAACAAUGAAAAGUGACAGGCCAAGAUCAGAUAACACGUCAAAAGUCACAGCACCUACUAGACCUUCCUCUGUUAAUGGGAAUCACAAUGUGGGAGAGAGUGGGUCAGCCUCAAAUUUGGAUAUGGACUCUUCCCCUCAAAACUUCCCAUCAACUGCUGAUUUUCAAGAGCUGAUGAGAAAUUCAACGAAAGAUCCAGCAAUGCGGCAGAUGUUUACAUCAAUGAUAAAAAAUAUGAGCCCAGAGAUGAUGGCAAACAUGAGUGAACAAUUUGGAGUCAAGCUUUCACGGGAGGAUGCAGAAAAGGCUCAAAAAGCAAUGUCCUCCCUGUCACCGGAAGACUUAGAUAGAAUGAUGCGAUGGGCUGAUAGAAUACAAAAAGGAGUUGAAGGUGCAAAGAAAACGAAGAACUGGCUUUUGGGUAGGCCUGGAAUGAUCCUUGCAUUAUGCAUGCUCAUUUUAGCAGUCAUCCUUCACUGGUUGGGCUUUAUUGGCAGUUAGAAAGGGGCUCAUCUUGUUCUGACAUGUAAGAUAUCUGCAAACAAGGUCUCUACUAACUGGGCUACAAAUGUUGGCACCAGAUUGGUUUCUUCACUCAAGAAGAAAAUAGUUAACUUUUCCUCUACGGGAGGUGUAUGAUGCAACAACCCAACUAGGUUCUCAAUGAUUUAUUGAGCUAAGCUUGAGGGUGAUAGGUAUUUGAGAAGGGAUUCUGACUUCUGAGUGGAUAAAGAUAUCUACAUUCUGUUCUUUUCGUAUUGCAGCUCGUUUAAUUCUUCAUUCUUUUGGACUAUUUGAUGCUUCUUUGGAAGUCCUACUGAUGAAGAUUAAAGAAAUGUUGCAGAAACUUCAGUGACAGGUGACUUGUUUUGUAAUUUAAGAAUCUCAUUAUUGGGCCUUUAUCUUUUGAACCAAGGAAAAGAAAGUGGUAUAUAAACUGAGAAGUUGGCAUUCCAUGCUUUAGACCCUCAAUUUUCUGAAGUUGCUUUGUAUAAUAUAUUAUACUGAUCGAUUAGCCCGAUUUAUCCAUUUGGAGCCUUAAAAGUUGUAAAUCAUAUUUCAGAGAUGGAUUGGGCGGUCCUGUGGCUGUGAUAAUGGGACUUAACUUAAGUUGCCUUAAUUUUGUAAUUUUAUGAAAUACUGGCAUAGAAAAUAGAAUAGAGUAUGUUGGAUAA